GAUGAGUAUCUACUAAAACCUUCACGUUAUGAAAUUACACAACUGUCUUAAGCUGAAAUUUCAUAAAUUACUCUGUUGAUGUGUCAUAUUUUAGGCCCGUAAUAAGAUAAAUACGGAAAAUUGGAGAAAACAACGCAUCGGCCACGCUGCAGGCACGAAGAGCUUUGCACGAAUAUGUGACAAAGAUAGAAAGAAGAGGGCCAAUGGGGAGGAUUUGACCCGAGUAGAUAUGUUCAUGUUGACACAUAUACGUAAGAAUGGGAUGCUUGUGGAUGAGGCCUCAGCAAGAGCAAUGGAACAAUUAAAUGAACGAGCUUCGCAGCAACCAGAGGCUUCACAAAACAACACUGGGAGGAAAGAUAUAUUCUCGGAAGUCAUGGGUGACGAACGACAUGGCCGUGUCUGCACUUACGGGUUAGGUCCCUCUCCUUCUGAUAUAUGGGGCACAACAUCCCACAGUGUCCAAUCCCAAGGGAUGACCUCCAAUGCUCAGAAGAGAGAUGAACAAUAUGAGGAAUUGCAUGCUGAAAUAUCUUCCCUAAGAGAAACUAUGGCUAAUAGAGAUGCUCAAAUAUCUUCACUAAGACAAACUAUGACAAAAUUUAUGGCAGCCAUAACGAAUCCAAGCAUUAAUCUAGCUACAUUAUUAGGUGUUUCAGCUAAUCCCAACUUGAACCAACCCUCCUCAUCAUCAAGCCACUUGGUUCCAACCCCUCAGAGAGACUUGGCGAAUAAGGGGAAUUCUACGAGUUGCACGGAUCCAUUGACAAAAGUAGGGGGGCAAAAACUUGGAGUUGGUUUCUAG